AUCCGACGCAUCCAGCAGAGCAAAGCAGCGUUCCAUUCUUUUCGGCGACAUCCUUCCGCAUUGGCGGCGAGUGGAGUGCCACAAUCCCAUUCAUCAUUUUGGAUCUACAUAAGCCAAAGCCCAUAGCACUGGCGACAUCUCCGGCAUAAAUGCAAGGGGGAUGUAUAGCUAAUAUAGGAUCUUGUGGAACAGGAUUUGAUUCUGCAAGCGGUUCGGUACGAACGAAGAAAUUUCGAACAAAAGGAUCGGAACUCGCUGAUAGGAAAGGAAAGAAAAAGAAAGCAAUGCCAAGAGCUCCGUCAAUCCGCUGUUCAUCGAUAGACGAAGCUCUCUCCUUAUCAUCUCGUGCCAGAUGCAACAAAGGAUGAGUCCUUUUUCCUUCUCGCGAACCACGAGAGCGCCUAGCGCCCAGAAGAGCAAAGCUCAUUUUCCUUUCAGGGUAAAGCGGCGCGUAAAAAAGAGCUGGCCCGCCAAAAGUCCGAUUCCUUCGCGAACAAAGUUCAGAAUCAAC